AUUCAGUUAUCAGGAAGGGCGGUGAAACAAAAUCCCAGGAGCCUCACGACGCGUCGCUACUGUCGAGCUAGACAUGAUCGCGAUUUUCUCGUCCUGCCGAGCUCGGUGCUUUAAGUAUAAGAAGCUCUGAUUUUUAUGUGUCCCGUGAGGAGGGGAGCGUAGCCGUGGAGCAGGAGACGUGCGUCGGAGUGAAAGGGCUUGUGCUAGGCGCACUCCAAAAAUAUGGGUCUCACACGCCGGUGGGUGCCACACGUGGUCUCCCUGCUGUUAUCGCUGUGUUUCUGGCUGUUCGUGUCGGCAGGCGCGCUGGAGAUUUUUGACCAAGACACACCUGAGUUCACCUGCAGCAAAGGUUUGACUGACUGCCAUGUGGAUCAAGCUCCGUUUUCUGAUGACUUCCCUGAUCCAUACAGUAAAGUUGACGUUACACAGUUGCAGCUCGAAAGUGUUCUCUGCUGUUCAAACAAACAGAACUGCAGUCUUUGCCUUCAAGUCACCAUCACUCUACAAGCUGACGAAAUGGGUAUCGUGACGGAUGUUUCUGAGGAGUCGGGUGAUGACGGCGAAAAAGAAGAUUUUGUGAAAGUGCAUUUUAGUGUCCCGGGAACGUUAGACUGUUGGAAGAUACUCUAUUUUAAACAAAGCAACACCACUGUUGGCAAGUCGACAUAUAAGCUGCUGUUGAGAGAAAAAGUGCAGUUCGGCAGUCCUGUUAUGGUCAGUGUAGACUCAAAGAGUCAAAAUAUGACACUUCCCUCUUUAAAAAAUGUUUGUGAUGAGGAGCCUAACGGAACUAUAAAGGAAUGUGGUCCCAGACUCUGUGUGAAAGAUCAGGGGAGGAAUGUCAAACUGCAACUUGUAAAAGCUGAUGUCAGACAAGGAGAUGCAAUCACAUGGCAGAUGGUUUGGGAUAAAAUUCCUGCAGAACAGCGUGAAUGGCCCAAAGAGAAGGAUGAGGUGGUCAUACCAUCAGACUUUGUUGCACCAUGCCUGUGCUUCCAGGCAUGGUGGAAGGGAUCAUUAAGAACACAAAUCUGCCCUUUCAAAAACAAUGAAGGUGCACUCGAAAAUAUGCAGCACAGUGUGUCUGCAACUUUGGUGGAGUCUCAGCUGAGGAAUGGUGGCAUAGGGCUGAUCUGGAAUGUAAGUGCGCCGUGUAUACUGGAAGCAGAGGUGUGGCUGUGCAAGAAAGGCCAGGUGGGAGGCCAGUGUGAAGAGGUGAUGGGUUCCAGACAGAGACUACAAGCUAAAUGGGAUGAACGAAGCAACAGAUACUUGCAAACCGGAGAGUUCGAUGUGCCAUCUCACCCUCUGCUAUGUGUUCAGAUGAAGAUUAACGGGACAAAAUCACUCUUAGAGCCCCAGUGUCCGUUUGCCACAUCUCGAUUGCGAUGGAGUGUGGUGCUCAUCAUUGGAUUACUACUCGUGUGUUUAGCAAUACUGGGAGCGUAUUUAAUACAAGGGAUUCUACAAGGCUAUGUUUGGAAGUGGCUGAAAGACGAAGACGUUAAAGGGGCUGUGGGCGGUGUUCAUGUUGUGUUGCUGUACCCACCUGAUGAUAACCCUUGCCUGCCAGAGCUGUUGUGUCAUUUGGGCUCAUCUCUCCAAUCACUGGGCUUUAGUGUAUCUCUAGACCUGUGGAGCCACGCUGAGCUCAGCAUGCUGGGACCUGUGCCGUGGCUCCACUCACAACUUGAUCAGCUACAAAGGCAAGGGGGCAAAGUGGUGCUAGUCCUAACCCAGGCCUCCUGGACAAAAGCUGAAGAAUGGGGAGCUCAGCGCUCAGAGAGGAAAAGACAUGUGAAAGAAGAAGAGGCAGGAAGAGAUUACCCUGGGUCUUCUCGCUGUGCAGAUGUUUUCAGUGCUUCACUGAGCUGUGUUCUAGCAGACUACUUACAGGGCCGCGCUGGCGAACGGUUUAUGCUGGUGCAAUUUGAAUCCCUCCCACCUGAGCCCCCAGGUAGUUUCCGACCGCUGCCAGAACUUUUCCGAGGCCUGCAUGUCUACAGCCUUCCAUCCCAGAGCCUGGGUUUCCUGACUGAACUGGCUGGAGCUCGUCAAGUAGCUACUGCAUCAGCCAGACGGAAAAGAGCAGGGGGGCUCAGGAUGGCAUCACGGGCUCUAGCCCAGAGACUGUCAGCAUUCACAACAGGGUCAAAUGUAUUACGCCUUGUGGGAGUGCAUCAGAGUUGUGUUGCCGUAGGAGGGGAAGACUCUGGGGAAACUGUGCCAUUGCAGCCCAGUCUUAUCACACCCCCAUCCAGCCCUGACACGGACCUGCAGGGCAGUGAAAUGGAGUGGGCCUGACAAUGCGACAGGACAGCUAUGGUUCAGUUUUGGGAUGAGCAAACAGUAAUGACACAAUCUGAACGGUUGCUCAUCAUUACCUUUGCUACUUCAGCUUCUUUAUUUCAGGAAAAACUCUGGAAUCCUAGCCUGUUGAAAAGGAGGCAUUAAAAAAAAAAUCAGCCCUGCUCUAGGAAAACAAUAAAAUAUCACCACUUCCAAAGAAAAAGGUGACAGCAGAUCCAAAGGUCUGUGAUGACUAUUUUUGAAAAGUA